AUUGUCUAUGGUUUCGUACAUGACAUGAUCAAUACCGAGAAUGCUUGGAUCGAGCCGACCAUCGUCCAUUUGCAUUUUGAUAUGGAACUUACCGAUCCAUCGUUGGUACUUCGAAUUCUGGCCCCAGAGGAAGUGGCGCUUACAUGGACUGUGUUGGAGGAGGCUGCUACAGUUCGUGAAAGUCACUUGAAAAUCUGUCGCGAAAUUUCACGUUACUUAGUUGAAAACACAAAGUUAUAA